AGCCGGGCAGGGGGGCGGGGCCUCGGCCGGUUCCGGCGGCGGCGGCGGCGGCGGCGCGAGGAUGUUUUACCACAUCUCCCUGGAGCACGAGAUCCUCCUGCACCCCCGGUACUUCGGGCCCAACCUGCUCAACACCGUCAAACAGAAACUCUUCACCGAGGUGGAGGGGACCUGCACCGGCAAGUACGGGUUCGUCAUCGCCGUCACCACCAUCGACAACAUCGGGGCCGGGGUGAUCCAGCCCGGCAGGGGCUUCGUCCUCUACCCCGUGCGCUACAAAGCCAUCGUCUUCCGGCCCUUCAAGGGAGAGGUCGUGGACGCCGUGGUCACCCAGGUCAACAAGGUCGGGCUGUUCACCGAGAUCGGCCCCAUGUCCUGUUUCAUCUCCCGACACUCCAUCCCCUCGGAGAUGGAAUUUGACCCCAAUUCCAACCCCUGCUACAAAACCGUGGAUGAGGACAUCGUGAUCCAGCAGGACGACGAGAUCCGGCUCAAGAUCGUGGGGACCCGCGUGGACAAGAAUGACAUCUUCGCCAUCGGCUCCCUGAUGGACGAUUACCUGGGCCUCGUCAGCUGAGCACAAGGAGCAGCCGUUUGUGUCCCCCCCCCCAUCGUUUAUCCCUACCCCCCCCAAUUUUGUGUUGCCUCCAAUUCUGGGACACCCCCAGAGCUGGGGGGGGGGAGGGGCUUUGCUAUUCCCCACCACGAGUCUGCAUUCCCAAAUAAACUCCUUUUCCUUUCA